AUGGUGUCAUUUUGGCCCUGGAAGGGCGAUGACAACUCAGCGGCUUCGUUCGAGAAGACCCUGUCCACAUUAUCGACGAAGAUCACCGAAACCACAACGCGACUGGAUCAGCAACGUCAGUCGUCGCGAAGAGUCAAGGCCCUCUGGACCCUCUACUCAACCUUUGCCUACCUCUUCUACACCAUCACAAUCACCCUGGUCUUCGGAUGGGAUAGCUGGGGCGUGAAAGAAUAUGCAGCUCUGGCGGGCGGGCCGAUCGUGAUCUACGGUGUUCGCAAGCUCAGUUCCAAGUUCUUCGAAUACCGGAUCUCCCGCAGCCAAGCUCGCCUUGAUGAUUUCCACAACCAGAGGGAGGAGACUAUUGAAAAACUCAAGGUCGCCACCAAAUACAACACCACCCAGGAGCUGCUAGAGAAGUACGGCGCCGAAUCCCCCAAGGCCUCACCAGCUCCCAAGGGUGAAAGUGGUCCGGAGAAGCAUGUUCAACCGCAGCCACCUGCCCCCCGCACAGGUCUUCCCCCGCCACCGACUGCGAACAUUCAGCGUCCUCCCUCCGCGCCGCAAACCCCGAAUAACCCGUCGCCUCAGCCUCCCUCUCCUCCCGUCGAACUCGUUCAGGGCCCUCCCCAGAACCAACAACCUCCAUCUCCGUACCCCCCAAGCCCUGCCGAACAAGCCGGCUUUGCGCCAAACGCCUACUCCAAUAGCGGAGAAUACAUUGAACAACCACACUGGUACGACCGUCUUCUCGACGUACUGCUCGGCGAAGAUGAGACUCAGCCUCGCAACCGGAUGGUCAUGAUCUGCAGUGGGUGUCGACUUGUGAAUGGUCAGGCGCCUCCUGGUAUCAGAACACUGGAAGAGCUGGGCCGCUGGCGGUGCGGCAGCUGCGGGACUUGGAAUGGAGUCGAGAGCGAGACCACACAGAUCCUCAGUAGCUUGCGUCAAGAUGCUGCGCCAGCCGGCUCGUCAGAACCGUCUUCAAAGGUCGAUGCGGAUGCCCAGUCUGAUGGUAGUGACGAAGCUGUUCUGGUGCCAUCAAGUGGAGAAGAGCAGGUGGAGGACCCUAAGCCUGAGCCUGUCCGUCGAUCAAAGCGUGGUGGAAAGAGCAAGGCAUAG